UCAUCUCGAGCCCUCUUUUCAGCGCCUACCUACCUACCUACCUACCUACCUAAACAUCGGGUCCAGGCGGUAGUUGAUCUUAUCGAUCCAUCUCCCUUCACACACCCCGCUCGAAAUCAUAUUUCUUCUCUCCCUUUAGACUACCGAUUUAGUUGCAUCUUACGUCUUAAGAUCAAGAUAUCCGCCCUCUAUCACCCUACCGCGACUGCGAGAUCAUUCUCUCCCCGAGUCCUCAUUUUUCCGAUUGAAUUACCGCUGCCCUCCUUCGUCUUGAUGUGAUCCGACAACCAACCUAUUAGCUCUCGUAACUUUCCUUCCGUCUGACUACUCUCCUUCCGACCACUCCACGUUGACGUCUUCAAUAUGCUGCGACGGCCUCCUGGCGAGGGACGGCUCGUCGCUCAACAGCGCAAGGUUCUACUCGCCUUAGCCGUCUUCCUCCUUCCCUGGCUUCAGCUUGUAGAUGCUCAGCAGCAGCAACAACACCGACAGCAGUCACCUCCAGAACGGGCUCCCGUUGCCAACAUUCUAAACGAUUAUGAUGACAAAGUUGCCGUGAAUAAACAUGCCGUCCACGGCCGAGACGUUUCUAGUCUCCGACACGAAUCCGCCUUCGGUACCGAGCGAGUCGUCGGCAACCUUGCCGCCACUCCCCCUGCCGCCAUACCCUCCUCCAACCCACGUAGCGCGCACGAGAACUUAGCCAUCGGCCGCAGGAACAUUGUCGAUACCGAUAGAAAGCGGCUCGGAAAAGUACCUAUUCCUAACGAUGCGAGCGCCCUCGCAACUUUGGCUCCGGCUCCGCCCGUUCGAGCACCAAAUUCUCCACGACAUCUGCCCAGCCUGCUAGCCGGUGCUGGGCUUUCCACGCCGCAGACUGCGCGGAGUCUGGAGAGAUGGGAAGUAGAAGACUAUAUUCUUCUGGCGACCGUCGAUGGACACCUUUACGCUGUCAACCGUGAAUCCGGCGACGAACGCUGGCAUCUCCAGGUCGAACAGCCUAUCGUCGAAACCAUUCAUCAUCGCCCUAAUAGUUCCUUGAACAACGGGCGGGACGACCGCGAGCACCACCCCCUUGAUGACUAUGUUUGGGCUGUAGAGCCCACUCAUAAUGGUGCUCUUUACGUAUGGACGCCAUCAGGCUUUGGUAGUGGUCUGAUGAGCACGGGUCUUACUAUGAAGCAGCUAGUGGAAGAAUUCGGUUCUUACGCUGUUCAAAACCCUCCCGUAGUCUACACUGGCCACAAGAAGACUACUAUGAUCACCUUGGAUGCCGCUACCGGACGCGUGCUCAAGUGGUUCGGGCAGGCCGGCUCCCAAGUUGACCAGAGCGCUACCUGCUUUCCCCCAAACGGCCGUUUUGUCGACGCGGACAGCGAGGAAUGUAGCGAUAGUGGCACCAUCACCCUUAGCCGGACGGAAUACAUUGUCACCAUACAUCGCUCUGAUGACGGGAGUGAGAUUGCCACGCUUAAAUAUGCCGAAUGGGGUCCGAAUAACUUUGAUAACGACCUACACCAGCAAUACCACACCACUCAGGAUAAUCGAUAUUUUACUAGCCAACACGACGGCAAGGUUUAUGCGCUCGCCUAUCCCACCGGAGUCACCUCCUUCGCCCUCCAAUUCUCCGUUCCGGUCGCCCGUGUCUUCGACAUCGCUAGGCCGCAGGAUGCUCCACACGGCAGCAAUCCCGAGCUCGUUCUACUCCCUCAACCGAUCCCCCCUACCCGGGACGAAGAUUCCGCCCGCACCCGAAGUCAUAGUGUCUUCCUCAAUCAGACCGAAUCUGGAAGUUGGUACGCUAUGUCUGGGUGGUCGUACCCUCUGAUUGUUGAUGCCCCCGCUGCCCAACUUGGUCAGCAGAAUAGAUGGGAUAGCGAGAAUCCAUGGGACAACCUUGACGCCCCUUGGGCAAACAAGGCGUUGAUUGGUACACAUGUUCUCGGGAACGCGAGAAGCGUGGCACAGUGGCCGCCGACUCUCCCCGCGAGCUUGCCUUCCCGACCUUUCCCACCAGAAUCUGAUAAUGAUGACAAUGAAUCUGCCCUGCCCAGCCCGUUCCCUGAUUCGGAGACAGAGUCCCCGGGCGUCAUGAACACGGUCAUCGCGCUUCCUCAAUACGCUGCCGAUAAGACGGUCGAUUUUUUCAUGAACCCUAUCCUCUUUCCGGUUCUUGCCUACCUCUUAGUCCGGUAUUAUAAAGAUUUGGUUAGAUGGAUUAGACGCGUUGUCAAGCCAAAGGAAUAUCUUGAUGAUUUAACGUAUGUGCCCUCGACUGAUUCUAGCGCUAGUCCAUCUCAGGAAGCCAUUUCCGCCAAGGCUCACGUAUCUAAUCUGGAUAUCGCUGAGAAGCAAGAGGAGCUGUUGGCGACUGAGGUAAAAAAUGCUGAUAGACUCGUUCCUCCUACCGUGUCCGUCGUCGAGGUUGAGCUAGCAGAUCCCGAAGGAGAUCGUGACCAGCAGCAGACCGAGGGGGAGUCUCCAGAAAAAAAGAAGAAGGCACAUCGCGGUCGCAGAGGUGGCAUCAAGCAUCGGAAAGGGGCAAAGAAACAACGUGACGCAUCAGAAACUCCCGGGGAAAAGAUUUCCUCGGAUGCAGGAGAGGGGAUCCCAGGUCUACAAAGUGUCGGCAUGCCGUCCAAGCUAGAGCCGAAUAUCACGACAAUGAGCAACGAUCCCGAGGACGUGAGUGGUCCCAUCGUCAAUAUAGGGGGCAUCGAAGUCAACCAGGAUGAGCAGCUCGGGAUGGGUAGCAACGGCACUAUUGUCUUCGCCGGGAAGUUCCAUGGGCGAGACGUCGCGGUUAAGCGUAUGCUCACCCAGUUUUGGGAUAUCGCAACUCAGGAGACCCAAUUAUUAUUGGAGAGUGAUCAUCAUCCUAAUGUUAUCCGUUAUUUCGCCAUGUCGAAGAAUGACAGUUUCUUAUACAUUGCACUUGAGCUCUGUCAGGCCUCCCUAUCAGACAUUAUCGAAAAACCGGCCAUGUACCGAGAUCUUGCCCAGGCGGGUGAGAUGGAUUUACCUAGAGUCCUGUUGCAGAUCGCACAUGGUCUGGGAUUUCUUCACGACCUUCGUAUUGUCCAUCGUGAUCUGAAACCGCAAAAUAUACUAGUUACCAUGGGGAGAGACGGGAAACCGCGGCUUCUCGUGUCUGACUUUGGGUUAUGCAAGAAGCUUGAAGGUGGACAGUCAUCUUUUGGCGCCACUACAGCUCACGCCGCUGGCACUUCUGGCUGGCGUGCGCCCGAGCUUCUCCUUGAUGACGACGCGCGGGAAAGCUCGACGAUGUCUAUAGCGAGUACGCACAGCGAUUCAAGCCAACUGGUCAGUGCCGAUGUAAUGCCAAAUCGUCGUGCCACUCGUGCGAUCGAUAUUUUCAGUCUCGGUCUCGUCUUUUUCUACGUACUCACCAAGGGACUGCAUCCUUUCGACUGCGGUGAUCGCUAUAUGCGAGAAGUCAACAUACGAAAGGGCCAGUUCAACCUCAAACCUCUGGAUGUACUAGGCGACUUCGCUCACGAAGCCAAAGCGCUGAUCGAUACUAUGCUUCGGGCUGAUCCUAGAGCUCGACCUUCAGCCAAGGAUGUCAUGUCCCACCCUUUCUUCUGGUCGCCAAAGGAAAGACUUGCUUUCCUCUGUGAUGUAUCAGACCAUUUUGAACUCGAACCCCGCGACCCGCCAUCCGAGGCGUUGAUGACGUUAGAGGCGUGCGCACCCCAAGUCUGCCGAGGUGACUUUCUUAAACUUCUACCCAAAGAAUUUGUAGAAAGCCUCGGCAAACAACGCAAAUACACGGGCUCGAGGCUUCUAGACCUAUUACGAGCGCUUAGAAACAAACGAUUCCACUAUGGAGAUAUGAGCGAACCUCUCAAAAAAAUGGUAGGAUCAUUACCAGACGGAUAUUUGAGUUUCUGGACUCGGCGUUUCCCAAACUUGCUGAUUAUAUGCUGCACGGUCAUUUACAAAUUGAACCUGGAGGAAUUGGAUAGCUUUAAGGAGUAUUUCAAGCCAAGGACACCCCUAUAAGCCUUGAGCGCACUCGGGUACCUCGGGUACCCAGUGGCUAGGUAGUAGAUGAGUAGUAUCCGAUAAAUAGCAACGCGCCUCUAUCAUGCCCCCCUCUUUUUCUAUGUGAAUGGAUGGUCUCAUGUGGUGGUUUAUUUUUGGUAGCAGGGGAUCUGUACAUUAAUCAUAUGCAAAAUACCUACACACCCACGAAGUGCAUUCUGCUACUCUGUUUAAAACCCAGUGGCUUAUCCACAAGGAUAUCUACGUGCAUUGUCCCUAGCAUUCCCGUCAACCUAGCAGCGCAAAAAGGCUUAUAUUAAAUCAUACCAAGUAGGUACUAGGUAGGUAGAUAGGUAGGUACCUACUUAUGUAAUUCUUUUUACAAAGUACGCGUUGCUUUUUUCUUUCCCGGAGCUUUAGGUACGC